ACGUCCCCCCAUUAAACAUCAUUUUGACACGUACCGCUCCUCUUUCUUUUUUUUUUUUUUGGUCAUUGCUCGUCUCCAUUGUUUGGGGGAGGUGGGGGACAAGUAAUGCCUCAAGAGCCGCACUGUUGCUCUCCUUUGCGAGCCGAGCCGGAGAUGCUCCCAUAAGCUCCAUGUGCGCAGAGAAAGGUUAGAUGCAGUUACCGGAGGGUCGCCACCACAUCACCCACUCUCCUCCCACCUUAUCACUACAUCAGUGAAGACCCGACAGAAAUUUCAUCCACUUCAGGGCGGAGUGAAUUCGAGGAAUCUAUUGAAAAGUGUGCAUGUUGUAAACAUGCGGGACUGUAGUUUUGGCAAGUGUGUUUGAGGACGAGGAGCAGUGCUGACCAGGGUAUGAGUGCAUCCCAGAGGGCGAUCUUUUGGAUGCUGGGUUGAGCUGAACAGGAGGAUCCGCCAUGGGGCUUGGACAGUCCAGCAAGUCCCCCAACACGGGUACCACAGACGAGGUCAAUUUUGACCACUUCCAGAUCCUGAGGGCAAUAGGAAAAGGAAGUUUUGGAAAGGUGUGCAUUGUGCAGAAGAAAGACACGAAGAAGAUGUAUGCCAUGAAGUACAUGAACAAGCUGAAAUGUGUGGAGCGCAACGAAGUGAGGAACGUCUUAAAAGAGCUUCAGAUCAUGCAGAACCUGGAGCACCCUUUCCUGGUCAACAUCUGGUAUUCAUUCCAGGAUGAGGAAGACAUGUUCAUGGUGGUGGACUUGCUCCUGGGAGGAGACCUGCGUUAUCACCUCCAGCAGAACGUCCAUUUCUCUGAGAGCACGGUCAAACUGUACAUCUGCGAACUCGCCUUAGCCCUCGGGUACCUGCGCUCCAAGCACAUCAUACACAGAGACAUCAAGCCUGACAACAUACUACUGGAUGAACAUGGUCACGUCCACCUAACAGACUUCAACAUUGCAGCCAUUGUGAAGGACGACCUAAAGGCGACAUCCAUUGCAGGGACCAAGCCAUACAUGGCUCCUGAGCUCUUUCAGACAUUCGAAGGCUCCCACCCCGGCUACUCUUUCUCAGUGGACUGGUGGUCAUUGGGCAUCACGGCUUACGAGCUGCUCCGAGGGCAGAGGCCGUACGUGAUGAGGUCCAGCACACCAGCCAAUGAGAUCCUUCACACCUUCCAUAAGGUCCACCUCAGCUUCCCAGCAGCCUGGUCCACGGAGAUGAAAUCACUUCUUAGAAAGUUGCUGUGCAUAGACGUCCAGAAGCGCAUUUCCUCUCUAGCGGAGCUGCAGGAUCUGGACUGCAUGUCGGACGUCAUCUGGGACACUGUGCUCAGCAAACUGAUUCCCCCAGGCUUUAUUCCCAAUAAAGGGCGACUGAACUGCGAUCCCACGUUUGAGUUGGAGGAGAUGAUCCUCGAAUCCAAACCGCUUCACAAAAAGAAGAAGAGGCUGGCCAGAAAGACCAAGGAGCAGGGGUCCGAUGGGUCACCACAGAAUGGUCAGUUGCAGCAACGAUUGGAUAACGUCCAGAGAGACUUUAUCAUCUUCAACAGAGAAAAGUCCAAGAAAGCGGCGGUAGAUUCCGACUCGUCCCAACUGUCCACUAGCGACAAGAACAAAGCAAUAGAGGACGGUCAGAACAACAACGUCCAGCCCGUGCCCUUUUUAUCAGGAUAAGACUUGUGGGCUUUGAGGUCUGUGCUCUCCAUUAUCUCUCCAACAUGUUUUCCGCUUGUAGAUCAGCACCUAGAAAGAACCGAUGUUAGCGGGAUGCUGCGAUGCUUCAAACGACUGCUGGACAAACUUUUAACGGAAAGACAGGAUCAGGAUUUUGGGUCAGGAACUGUGGCCCCCAUCCUUGAAGGUCAUGGACUAGGAUUCGGACUUGUCCAUCUGGUUUUUCUCAGCCCUGAGCUGAAUAAGAAACGAGGUGACACAGCUGUGAUGGCUUAGCUUAAAGGUCAGAUUUGUACAUUUCUCAUCAGCUGCUCGUCACAUUUUCAGGAGCGAGACUCCUAUUGAUUUUCAGAAUAUGCAAAAGAGGAUGUAGCUAAGAUCUGGUCUCGAUCCGCCAAACUACACGAUAGCUCUGUAACUCGCAGUCAACUUUGUGUCCAUUUUGUCAACAGACUGCAGCGUAACAAUGGUACCUACGCAGAAGAGUACCAAAAAGUGGUAAAGGUUGGAUAGUUUAGUAGCUUUUACACCUUUUGACACCAAAUACAAAAUGUGUACAGAACAUCACUGAACUGCUUACUUAAAAAGCUCAAAUCCUGUCCUAUAUUUCCAGGGCGAAAAAGCUUUCAUAAGUCUAACAAAACCUGGGAGUUCAACCUGUUUUGAAAAAGAUGAAUUUUUGCCGUGAUGCCACCAGUGACUGCAAAUAACACACAUGUGAUGAUAACCAUAGAACAGGAAGUACAACAUACUGAGUCACUUACAAUCACUUUGUUAGUUCCAGCAAUACAGACUGUAGGUGACAAUAUCACUUUUGGAACAUCAACUACUUUUACUUUGUUUUAGUUUUGUUACAGUGUAGUUACUUGUAUGACAGUUAAGAAUGUUACCUUAAUAAAGGUUUAUUAUUUCCCCAUGGGGCGCCUUUCCACAGAAUUGGCGCCAUUUGCAUCCCCAGGAAAUAAAAUGUUUAAAUGCACAAUGAAAUGAACAGUAAAUUUCGAUUUAUUAAGCAAAGCGUUCGUUUACAUAUUAAAGGCCUACUGAAAUGAAUUUUUUUUAUUUAAACGGGGAUAGCAGAUCCAUUCUAUGUGUCAUACUUGAUCAUUUCGCGAUAUUGCCAUAUUUUUGCUGAAAGGAUUUAGUAUAGAACAACGACGAUAAAGUUCGCAACUUUUGGUCGCUGAUAAAAAAAAGCCUUGCCUAUACCGGAAGUAGCAUGACGUCACAGGAGUAAGGAUUCCUCACAAUUCCCCGUUGUUUACAAUGGAGCGAGAGAGAUUUGGACCGAGAAAGCGACAAUUACCCCAUUAAUUUGAGCUAGGAUGAAAGAUUCGUGGAUGAGGAACGUUAGAGUAAAGGACUAGAGACUGGACUUUCACAAUAUUAUGUCAGACCCACUCGACAUCCAUUGCUUUCGGUCUCCCCUAGGGGGGGGUUACCCACAUAUGCGGUCCUCUCCAAGGUUUCUCAUAGUCAUUCACACCGACGUCCCACUGGGGUGAGUUUUUCCUUGCCCGUAUGUGGGCUCUGUACCGAGGAUGUCGUUGUGGCUUGUGCAGCCCUAAAUAAACAUUGAUUGAUUGAUUGAGAGGCAGUGCAGGGUGUAUCUUUUUUCGCUCUGGCCGUAACUUAGGUACAAGGUCUCAUUGGAUUCCACACACUUUCCUUUUUCUAUUGUGGAUCACGGAUUUGUAUUUUAAACCACCUCGGAGACAAUAUCCUCUUGAAAAUGAGAGUCGAGAACGCGAAAUGGACAUUCAGAGUGACUUUUAUCUCCACGACAAUACAUCGUUGACGCACUUUAGCUACGGAGCUAACGUGAUGGCAUCGGGCUCAAAUGCAGAUAGAAACAAAAUUUUAAAAAACCUGACUGGAAGGAUAGACAGAAGAUCAACAAUACUAUUAAACCAUGAACACGUAAAUACACGGUUAAUAAUUUCCAGCUUGGCGAGGCUUAUCAAUUGAAGCUAACUUUAGCUACGGAGCGGCGGCGGGCGUUGUAGCUUUCGACGACACCCCGGCCGCCACCAGAGUCGGCAAGAAACAUAUAUUUCCCCAAAGUUACGUACGUGACAUGCACAUAGCGACACGCACGUACGGGCAAGCGAUCAAAUGUUUGGAAGCCAAAGCUGUACUCACGGUAGCGCGUCUGCUAUCCAGCUCAAACACAACACAACCUCCUGAUUGUGUUGCUGUAGUCCGCCGCUGAUACACCGAUCGCACCUACAACUUUCUUAUUUGCAGUCUCCAUUGUUCAUUAAACGAAUUGCAAAAGAUUCACCAACACAGAUGUCCAGAAUACUGUGGAAUUGUUCGAUGAAAACAGAGCAGUUUGUAUGGUGACACAUUGGGUACGAAUACUUCCGUUGCCGUAGUGACGUCACGCGCAUACGUCAUCAUACAUAGACGUUUCCAACCGGAAGUUUAGCGGGAAAUUUAAAAUUGCACUUUAUAAGUUAACCCGGCCGUAUUGGCAUGUGUUGCAAUGUUAAGAUUUCAUCAUUGAUAUAUAAACUAUCAGACUGCGUGGUCGGUAGUAGUGGGUUUCAGUAGGCCUUUAAAUGAAUACAAUUUAAGAAAUUAACUUGAACUACCUUGAACACUGGAACAAAUAUCAUUUGUUGGCUGUGCCUGCUUCUGAAAAGUAGAAUUUACUGAGAAAUAUAAUAUUAUACGUUUUUUACAUAAUGUUACUUAAACAGAAAACACUUGGCUCUCCAAGGACCACCAUAAUGGCCAACAUUAAAAUGCGGCAGCGUAUUAGGCCUAGGUGUUCAUUAAAAACAAGGCAGAGGUUUUUAUUUAACAAGUAUAUUUAAAAUAUUUGGCCCCUGUAACAUUACGUACAGUUUGAACAGUAACACUGCUCUAACACAUUCAUGUUAGAGUAAUCUAGACUUUUCCAAAAGUAAGUUUACUCACUUAUUUUUCUGUAUGUUUGAUGAUAUUUCAACUGUGACAGGAAGGGAUUAAUGUCUCACCACAGUCCUGCUACCUAAAUUAGGUUUUUGAUGUUAUCAGAAUCAGAAUCAGAAUCAGAAUAGUUUUAUUGCCAUUGUUUGAGAACGGGUUGUUCACAAACUAGGAAUUUUUCUUGGUGCAAACGUGCGACAUAAAAACAUAUAACACAUAUUUGGUAAUAAAAAGAGCUGUAACUGAGCCAUCAGAUAGACUUAGAAGGAAUUCAAGGAAUUCAAGGAGCUGCUGUUAGGAGUUAUUGUUCAUUUGCCUGAUGGCCGAGGGGAAAAAACUGUUCAGAUGGCGGGAGGUGUAGGUCUGGAUGGAGUGUAGUCUCCUGCCUGAGGGGAGAGGGGAGAAUAGCGUGUGUCCAGGGUGAGAAGAGUCAGCUGUGAUCCGACCCACACGCCUCCUGGUCCUGGAGGAGAACAAGUCCUGGAGGGAUGGGAGCUUGCAGCCAAUGUGUUUGUUUCUAAAGUAUAUUUUUGAUAGAAUCCCUGUUAUGUAAUUAUUGUCAUUGUAUUUCAUGGAUUUGCUGAUUAUAUGCUAACCUAACAACAGUUCAAUCCUGUUACUAACAGUCCUGUUUCUAAAUGAGUGGAUACAUACUUUGAGCAAAUGGCGCUGAUUCAGUGGAAUAAUCCAAAAAUGGUUUUGAGUUCAGAACUGGGAAGUCAACCAACAUGAAGUUUCCACUGUAAAAUACAAUCUUUUUAGACAUUUUAAGUCUUGUCUCGAAGAUCCGUCACUGACGUCUUCGUAAGAACGCCUCAGCAGCUUUGUUGUAAGUAGUACUGUAGUUUUCAUUCACAAUAUUAUAAUAUCCUUAGCACUAGUGAAGCUAGAACACAUUUGCACUAUUUCUUUGACCGUCGUUGCACAAAUGGAUACAAACAAAUGUCGUUUACUGUACGGGCUUUUGGUUACCGCGGCAACACUGUCAUCCUAAGAAAUACACACGAAAUAUGUCACCUUUUAAACUCGCUUUGCACAUCCACUGUAGCAUUUAUUCACAAAUGCAAGUACCCCAAAAUACAUGUGUCUUCUGUCAAAUAGUUUCUUAAGAUUACGUACAGUAGAAAGGGGAUUCAUAUGGCCCCAUUCGGUGCGGUUUACCUGACACAUGAAACGUGACAGUAGAGUGUUGAAUAUCCUAAAAUGUGUUUUGUGGCAAUUCCACAGCGUCAGUUAGUAUGUAGUAUGCUAUGUAUGUAUGCACUUUCCAUCAUUUUCAGCAGACUGCAUUGCAAAAUGAUUACCCCCACGCCCCCCUUCCUCUCAUGGGCGAUCCACCCAGGAAUGGGGCCACAUGAAUCCCUUCCCUACUGCACAAGCCGCUGCCAUAUAACAAAACACACAUAAGACGUUUUGUAAUAUAUCAUGAGUAGUUUUUUAGUAUUACUGCUAUUUGGUUGCAAGAAAAUGACCUUGUCACCAUGUUGUCUUCUCGUCUCUCUUAUGUUGAUGCAAAGUUGGCAGGAAAAACCCUUGAAAAAACGUCCCACAAUUUGUUGAAGAAUUUCGGGCGUUCUGUGUUUUUUAGUUCACGUUGUAAUGCAGUGUGUCUGCUGUUUGUUUCUUUUUCUUUAACCCGCACUUGCCCACCGAAUUAAAAAAAAAAAAAUAGGUACAGUGUUUGAACUCGACCUUGUUUGUGUUGAUGUUGUCAUUUGUUGUAGUUUCCAACUUUGGCUGUCGUUCCUGGUUUUAAUUGUAACACAUUGUGGAGUUCUGGGUGCUGAUUAAUAAAAGUUUUCUGCCCAAUUUAUGUAAAUAAUAAAAAGCGACGAGGUUUUGUUUUGUUUUAGUUUUGUUUUUUUGUUGUGAAUUUUCAUAUUUUUGUCCUCAGUUGUCGCUGUCUUGUAUCUAAGUGUGGUUAUAAAGUUGCAAUCUAUUAAUAAUGUGUGCCUUAAAUAAUAACGUUCUGGUACUGAACCAAUCUGUCGAGUCUCUUUAUUUCAAGCCAUUGCUCAUGAGUUGUGUGCUCAAUGGCUCUACUUGCAGUACUAAAGUGGCAUUUAAUGUUAGUGAUUAAAGGUUGUCGUACCUUAGAAAUAUUCUAUAUUUUUUGCUAGCUCUGCCUAACACCAUGGUAUAUUAAGAAAAUAUAUAUAUAUAUGUCAGUAAAUGAACAGUUUUGGCUAAAUAUGUUUGGCACAUACAUAUAUAUAUUUUUUAAAUUAAAAACAAAGUUAAAUGGUGUUCUUGAGCGGAUGGAGCGCCCUCACACAACAAGGGGUUCUCGAAC